AUGAGUAGUAAUAGCAAAAAGAACUCUCAUAAACCAGAAGAGGAAUAUGAAGAUGUUGGAUAUUUUUGUGGUUGUUUUAGAAAGAAGAGUAAAAUGGAAUAGAGUAAAACAAUGUAAAUUUCUAAGGUGCGGCACUCAAUGAAUAAAUCUGAUUUAGAUGGAAGUAAACAUUAUGCUUCUUCUUAAUUGAACUUAUUAAAUUCAACUAAUUCAGAAUCUUAAAGAAAAGUAAGUGUUGCAUCUCCAAUAGUUAGUAGUUUUGCAAUCACAACUUUUGAAAAUAAUUAUUUGCAAAAUUAGUUAUUUUUAUUAAGAAAUAAUCAAAGUGGAGAAUCUAUAUUUGCCAAGAUAACAUAAAUUGAUUUAAAAACAAAGAAAAUAUAAAAUACAGAUUUAAAAAAAUCAAGAUUAUUUGAAUAGAAAAAUGACAGUGAAUAAAUUCUAAAUAAUAAUAAAUAUCCAGAAUUAACUUCAAAAUAUAUUGCAUCUAGAAUAAAAGAAUAAAUUGCAACAUUAGCAGAAUAUGGAUGUGGAAAUGGUGAAAAUACAGUUCAAGUAUAAUACAAUUAAUAAAUUAAAGUUUACAAAAUAUUUAGACUUUGUAAUUGCUAUUGAUAAAAAUACUAAUGCUUGUUUAUAGACCAAAUAAAAUUGUGAUUAGAGUGCUUUUAGUUAAGAUUUACCAAAUCCAAAAGUAGAAAUUAUUAAUGCUGAUAUUUUUAAAUUAAAAAAGAAUCUUCCAUUUGAUAGCAUAUUUAUUAAUCCAACUAUGAAUAAUGAUCAACAAAUAUGUAAAGAUAUCAUAAAAGAUUGCAGUCCAAAUCUUAAAGAAUUAUUGAAUUUAAUAUCAGAUUAAAUAGAAAAUUUAAUCAUUCAAUUUCCUGCAUAAAUAGAUUAUUCUUAAUUACCUUUACUUUUGAAUAUAAAUUAACAAUAUAGAAAUAACAAUAAAUAAUAAUCUUUCAUUGCUCAUUGUUCAUUAGAAAUUGAAAAGAUUUAUAUUUAAGGCAAACACGUAUAUAAUAUUGUGUAUUAUGGGAAAGUAGCAAACAUUUCAAGAGAAGAACUAAAAUAAUUGUUAACUAUGUAAAUGGCUAAUUCAGAAACUAAUAAAGAAGGAUUUAAUAAGGUUGUUGCAAAAUUAAAUGAGAAAAUUGGUAAAAUUAUUAAUUAAUAUAAUUUAGGUAGUUUAGAUCUUAUUUAUGAAUUAUUAUAAGCACAAAGUUACAAAUAUAGUUUUGACUAAUUUCUAAUAGCUGUUUGUGAAAAAUAUAAAUUGGAUUAUAAUGAUUAUGCAUUUAUGUUAUACCAGAAGUUAUCAAAGUAUAAUUAAUUUAUAAAUAUAGAGAUUAUUCUUAAAAUACAUUUAAUUAUAAAUUAAGAGAUUCAAACAAUGCUAUUUAGGAAUCAUAAGAUUUUGGGUUUAGUCCAAAGUUUUCUUAUAGUUUGAAUGGGUUAUCAUAAAAAGAAGAAGAUUGUAUAGCAGAAAGUUAAGAUAACUUGGAUUUAAUUGGACUUAAUAAUGGAAAACCAAAUUAAUGUAAAUGA